GAAUGCCAGGCACCUGAAUGAGUCUCUGACCAGGAGCCCCGGAGUCCACCAGCUUGUCCAAGAGCUGGACACACUCAGUUGCUCCAGCUCCACAGGCAGGCACCUGUGUGUUGGAGCUGUGAGGAUGGCACACUUGCUGGGCAGCCAGGCCUGCAUGGACAGCCUGCGCAAGGACCUCACCGACCUGCAGGGCGCCAUAGUAGACGUAUUCUCUCGUGCUGGGCCUGUGCACUUUCCCUCCUGGAAAUUCCCUGACCGUGUGGCCUGUGACCUUGACAUGGUAGCCCUGCUGGAGUACUAUGACCAUGUACCGGGUGACCCCGAGUUCACACAGAUGUCCCAUGCUGUGCUGCUGGAGCUGGUCAUUGACAGGCUUCUGCUGUUGCUUCAGAGCUGCACAAACUACUUGGAGAACCUUGGUUCGAAGCAGAUGAUGCCUCCUGCCCCGGCUGCAGGGCCCUGCAUGUCUGUGGGGCUCACGGUGCGGCGCUUCUGGAACAACCUGUUGAGGCUGGGCAUGCUCUACCAGCAAGCGGGCCCCCAGAAAAAGGCAAACCAAGGACAGAUCCCCACCUCCAAGCCCACAGCCAAGGGCAAGCCAGCCAGGAGCCCUGAAUGUGUGACUGCCAAGUUCAUCAAGUCCCCCUCCCCAAUGCCAGACUUGUCUCAGACCUGCCAAGCACAAGAGAGCAUCCCUGUCAGAGUCUCCCUGCGGUGUUCUGUCACCACCUCCAAGAACACCAAGAGUGUCCACUCCCAGACCAUUGAGACAGCCCUGGUGCCCUGUGAUGCCUGCACCAGCAUCCAGGGCAGCCUGUGGGAGGUGGGCAAGGUGGUCAUUGGCCUGUGUCAGAGCCAGAACUUGCCCUCAUCCUUAGGCCAGUUCCAACAGCUGGUGCAGGACAGCAUGGGGCUCAGGCCGCUGCCAGCUGCCACUGUGGGCCGCUGGGCAGCAGAGCAGAGCAAAGACUUGACACGCCUGAGUAAGCAUGUGGUGGCCCUCGUGCAGCUUGUGGGGCCCCUUAGGGCCCAGCUGGAGGAGGCUGAGGGGCAGAAGGAUGGGCUGAAGAAGCAGGUGCACAAGCUGGAGCAGGCACUGCAGCAGGAGCAGGGGGCGCUACAGCGGCAGGAGGAGGAGGCCAAGCAGCGGCUGACCGAGUGGGAGCGUGACAAGCAGCAACUGCUUGCAGAAACAAGUGACCUAAAGGUGAAAGUGGCCACCUUGGAGAGGGAGCUGAAGCAGCAGCAGGAGUCCACACAGGCUGUGGAGGCAAAGACUCAGCAGCUGCAGGAGGAAGGUGAGCGCAGGGCGGCGGCUGAGAGGCAGGUGCAGCAGCUGGAGGAGCAGGUGCAGCUGCUGGCGGGGCGGCUGGAAGGGGCCAGUCAGCAGAUCUGCUGGGCCAGCACAGAACUGGACAAGGAGAAGGCCCGUGUCGACAGCAUGGUCCUCCACCAGGAGUCCCUGCAGGCCAAGCAGCGAGCCCUGCUGCAGCAGCUGGACAGCUUGGACCAGGAGCGUGAGGAGCUGCGGGGCAGCCUGGAUGAGGCUGAGGCCCAGCGGGGCCUUGUGGAAGAGCAGCUGCGGAGCCUGCAGAGCGAGAAGGAGCAAGGGCAGUGCCAGCUCCAGGCCCAGCAGGAGCUGCUACAGAGCCUGCAGCAGGAGAAGCAAGGUCUGGAGCAGGCGACGACAGACCUGCGGCUGACCAUCUUAGAGCUGGAGCGGGAGCUGGUGGAGCUGAGGGAGCGGGAACAGCUGCUGGUGGCCUUCCCGGACCUGCAUGGCCCCAUCAAGGCUCAGAUCAAAACCAUCUACAGAGCUGUCUGGAGAAUCUGCUGCAUCUUCACUGCUUGUAAUGAAUCAUCAGUCCUGAGCACUAGUGCUAGGCCCUUCUGUCCCCGUCUCAACCAUCCUGUGAUGCAGCAUGUCCCCACAGAUUCCGGCAAUGUCACAGAUGACAUGGAGAGGCAAGUACAGGCCAACGACAUCCGCAUCCGGGUCCUGCAGGAGGAGAAUGAGCGGCUCCAGUCAAUGCUGUCCAAAAUCCGGGAGGUGGCCCAGCAGGGAAGCCUCAAGCUGAUUCCGCAGGACCAGCUGUGGUCCCCUCCCAGCAGGGGAACCCAGGGAGCAGCACCCCCAGUCCAGGUCCAGAGUGCAUCCCCAGGGUCCCUGGGAAGGCGGCACUCUCCUGGCAGCAGGACGGGCAGUGUGGGCAGGACCCUGCCAGGCCAGUCCCAAGCAUCUCCACCUCGGCAGCCCUGCAGCUGGCCCAGCAAGUCCUUGCUGGAGGAUGUGACCCACUCGGCCACCUGCACCCAGAACCCCAUCCAAGCCUUGGCCAGGCUAAGGAGGAGACUGUCACCAGGCCGGGGCCAUGCCAGCUCUAUACACCAGCCCCAGGAGCGACCCAUGUAGCCUGCAGCAUGGCUGGCACUGGAUAGCAGGUGGCUGGCAGCCCAUUCACUGUAAUAAAGCCCAGCCAUCUGCCCA